AUGGGGGACUGGAACUUCCUCGGGGGGAUUUUGGAGGAGGUGCAUAUCCAUUCUACUAUGGUAGGCAAGAUCUGGCUCACCAUCCUGUUCAUCUUCCGCAUGCUGGUCCUCGGCGUGGCAGCUGAGGACGUCUGGAACGACGAGCAGGCCGACUUCAUAUGCAACACUGAGCAACCUGGGUGUAGGAACGUCUGCUACGACCUGGCUUUCCCCAUCUCCCUCAUCCGCUACUGGGUGCUGCAGGUCAUUUUUGUGUCAUCCCCCUCACUGGUUUACAUGGGCCACGCUCUGUACAGACUACGAGCCCUGGAGAAGGCUCGGCAGAAGAAGAAAGCCCUGUUGAGGAAGGAGCUGGAGCUGGUGGACAUGGAGCUUGCAGAUGCGAGGAAGAGGAUAGAGCGGGAGAUGAAGCAGCUGGAUCAGGGGAAGCUCAACAAAGCUCCUCUGAGAGGUUCUCUGCUGCGGACAUAUGUGGCUCAUGUUUUCACCCGCUCUGUCGUUGAAGUAGCUUUCAUGACAGGCCAGUACCUCCUCUAUGGCUUUCACCUCCACCCGCUUUUCAAGUGUGAGCGGGACCCUUGUCCAAACGCUGUAGACUGCUAUGUUUCCAGACCAACAGAGAAAAGUGUCUUCAUGGUGUUCAUGCAGUGCAUCGCUGGGAUUUCUCUCUUUCUGAACAUCUUGGAGAUCAUACAUCUGGGUUACAAGAGGAUUAAAAAGGGCAUCCUGGACUUCUACCCUCAAUUAAGAGACGAUAGAGAGGAGCUUGAUGAGUACUACGUCAAUAAAUGUAAAAAAGAAUCAGUGGUGCAAAUAAGUGUACCCCCCAGAAAAGCGACGAUUGCCUCUGCACUCAGUGACUACAACCUCCUGAUGGAGAGGGCGCAGGGGAAUAUCAUGUUCCCAAACCUAAUCAAACCCUCAACUUUUCUUCCCCUGCAGGGCGAGCUGACCAAUCAGCAUGAUUUGGAUGAUUCUAGAUGUUCAGGUAGAAGCCCUCAGGAUUGUAAGUGUAAUCUGACUACCAAUGCGUCGUGCUCUCCGUGCUGCGACUGCCUGAUUAACCCAAAGCAGGAGGCUGAGGACUUUCUGCACCGCCUUCCACACACCAAGGAGGAUGACAGCAGCGAGUUAGGGAGCCCGGACUCCCCAAAGUGCCCGCAGAAGGCCGCUCACUCGUCCUCCUUCCCAACGCUGCCAGUAAGCGCAGUGAAGAAGCCGUUUAAGGCUCACGGAUCUUUCAAAUGCUCCACCGUGUUGGAAGGUAAAAGUUCAGACACAGAUUCAUACGGGGGAACAAUAGCCAGUAAUGGAGCCCCGUCGGCUCGAACGCAAUCAAAGUCUGAUCACAAGCAUCAAAGCCGGCCCUCCUCUCCAGAGUCAGUGGGCAGGUCCAGUUCAGGGUCAAGGAACAACUCCAGAGCUCCUUCCUCCAACUGCAAAACAUCGAUGGCGAGUAACACGAGCAGCAGGAGAGCGACAGACCUGCAAAUCUGA